GUUUUGUACAUAUCUUUAGACAGAGUCGCGCGUAUCACGCAUUAAGACAGAAUACAAAUUUGUGAAAGUGCAAUGUUUUUAAGGAAUAUUUAUUGAUAUAUUAUAUUGAUGAUACUGAGACGAUCGAAGGGGUCGUAGGUGACGAAGUGGUCACGGCGGUCAACAUCAGCAAUCAGCAUAGAGGUCUCUGAGAGAUGAGCCAGUUUCCCUACCAAGGCGGCGACACCGGUUUGAGACCGGUCGAGCCACCGCCGGCAUGUAUUCAACAACGCGAUGCCAACGAGUACUGCGAGUUAGAUGCGGAGGACGAUAUGGUUUCGACGGAGCGGGAAUUAGCAGAAGACGCUCAGUGGAAGAAAAUCCAACAGAACACAUUCACGAGAUGGGCAAACGAGCACCUGAAGCAAGUAUCGAAACACAUCGGAAAUUUGGAAACCGAUCUAAGUGAUGGACUGCGUUUAAUCACCCUCAUCGAAGUGUUGGCCCACAAAAGUCUGCCCAAGCACAACAAGAAGCCGUCCUUUCGUUCGCAAAAACUCGAAAAUGUCUCCGUGGCGCUCAAUUUCCUUCAGGAAGACGAAGGGAUUAAAAUUAUCAACAUCGAUUCCAGCCACAUAGUCGACUGCAAAUUAAAAUUAAUAUUAGGUUUAAUAUGGACACUUAUUUUACAUUAUUCAAUAUCUUUGCCCGUGUGGGAAGGCGAAGACGAUAUGAACAAUGGUGGUACCGAACCAACACCGAAGCAAAGGCUGAUGAACUGGAUACAAAGCAAAGUUCCAGAUCUACCAAUAAAAAAUUUUACUACAGAUUGGAACGACGGCAAAGCCGUGGGUGCACUAGUCGAUUCUGUAGCUCCCGGAUUAUGCCCGGAUUGGCCGGACUGGGACCCCAAAGAUUCCCUUCAAAAUGCUUCAGAAGCAAUGGGAUUAGCCGACGAUUGGUUGCAUGUUCCCCAACUCAUUAAACCGGAAGAAAUAGUAAAUCCAAAUGUUGAUGAACAGUCGAUGAUGACUUACCUCUCCCAAUACCCGAAUGCUAGAUUAAAACCUGGAGCGCCACUGAGACCCAGAACCAGUCCCAAUAAAAUUGCCCCACCUAGGGUUCGAGUAUAUGGUCCGGGAGUGGAACCCACCGGCCCCAUAGUUGGUGCUGCGGCGAAUUUCACGGUAGAAACUUUUUCUGCCGGUAAAGGCCACGUAGAAGUUGUAGUAGAGAAUCCUAGAGGCCAGAAAGAACCGGUCGACGUCAGAUUUAACAACGACAGAAAUUUAACUUAUACGGUAUCAUAUACGCCACAAAUGGAAGGGGCGCAUAAAGUACACGUUAAAUUUGCCGGAAGGGAUGUGCCGAAAAGUCCAUUCGUGGUGAAAGUUGAGGGACACGCCGGUGAUCCGAGCAAAGUCACAGCGUCCGGUCCUGGACUCCAGCCUGAUGGAAUUUGCGUUAACAAACCCACAUACUUCGACAUAUUUACUAAAAACGCGGGAAGGGGAGUUCCGGAAGUAAUAAUUUUGGAUCCAUCAGGGAAUAAAAACUCGGUGCCGGUAAAAGUGCGUCAAACCAGUCCGGACCUUUGGAGAUGCGAGUACAUAUCGUCGAUAAUCGGUCUACAUUCCGUUAACAUAUUCUUCGCUGGUCAACCGAUUCCCAAUAGCCCAUUUGGAGUGAGAGUGGCGCCUGUCUCUGACCCCCGAAAGGUUAGAGCUAGCGGAAGGGGACUGCAACCGAACGGUGUGAGGGUAAAAGAUGAAGCCGACUUCAAAAUUUACACCGAAGGGGCGGGUGAAGGAUUUCCGGACGUUCAAAUUAUCGGGCCUGGUGGAGUGAAGGAAGUCGUGAGAAUGACGAAAGUCGAAGGAAAUACGUACCACUGCGUGUACUAUCCGGUUAAAGAGGGAAGAUACCGGGUGAUGGUCACUUUUGCAGGGCAAGAAAUCCACAAGUCGCCGUUCGAAGUAAACGUGGGGCCGUAUAAAGAGACGCUUAUUAGAGCUUACGGCCCAGGUUUGGUGGGUGGAGUUGUAAACUAUCCGGCGCUGUUUAUGUUGGAAACCAACGGUGAAACGGGUGCUCUAGGUUUCAGCAUACAAGGUCCGUCGCAGGCAAAGAUUGAAUGUCACGAUAAUGGUGACGGUUCGGCGGAUCUGAGGUACUAUCCGACCGCACCUGGAGAAUACGCGGUGCAUAUUUUAUGCGACAACGAAGACAUUCCCCAUAGCCCUUAUAUUGCUCAAAUUUUGCCAAACACGGAUUACUACCCCGAAAAAGUCGACGUGUACGGCCCCGGUAUAGAACCCAACGGACCCCAAAAAGACAAACCGGCCAAAUUCACCGUAGACACCCGGAAAGCGGGUUCCGCACCUUUAGACGUCAGAGUUACAGAUGGAAACUGCAAUAAAGUAGACCUGAAAUUGGUCGAAAAAGCUGAUGGGACCAUCGAGGGAGUCUACACUCCAAAAAGUGGCAAUCGACACACGGUGCAAGUAAACUAUGGCGGAGUCGCCGUUAAGAAUUCGCCUUUCAGAAUUAACGUAUCAGAACCGGUGGACGCCUCCAAAGUGCAAUGUUUUGGACCAGGUAUUCAAGAUGGCGUGAAAGCGGGAAGUCCCACACACUUCAACAUCGAUGCCAGGGAAGCCGGUGAUGCGGAUUUAGAUGUUCACUUAGUUAACGAAGACACUCAUCAAGAGAUACCCGUAAAGCUGACGGACAACGGAGACAGAACCUACACCGUGGACUACGAAGCGCCUCAAUCGGGAACUUACACCGUGACUCUCCAUUAUGGUGGCUUGAAGGUGCCGUCGACUCCGGUAAAGUUCAAAGUUCAACCCAACGUGGACGUUUCCAAAAUUAAAGUCGACGGCUUAGAACCAACCGCCCCGAUAAAUAGUUUGCAACAAUUUCGAGUUAUUACUCAAGACGCGGGCAAAGCUGAGUUUGCUAUUUCUAUAACUAGCCCAUCGGGCAGCAAAGUGAAAGCUCACGUCAUCCCCACGCACGAAGGUUACUUAGUAAAUUUCACCCCUACCCAGUUGGGAGAGUACUUGCUGGGGAUUUCGUUUGGAGGGGAGCCCAUCUCCCACCGGCCUUUUAAACUGACUUGUUUAACCGGAAGUGACCCGCUCAAAGUCAAAGCCUCUGGUCGCGGUCUUCACAGAGGGAUAGUCAAUAGACCAGCGGAGUUUAUGAUAGAUACCAGAGGCGCGGGCCAGGGCGGUUUAGGGGUAACCGUCGAAGGCCCUUGCGAGGCGGCGAUUAAUUGUCGCGAUAAUGGUGAUGGCACUUGUUCUGUGGCCUAUUUGCCAACGGAAGUUGGCGAUUACGGAAUAAAUAUCACAUUUAACGACAACCAUAUACCAGGCAGUCCUUUUCAAGCCAUAAUCGUGCCCGAAGUUGACAUGAACAUGAUCAAAGUGUCCGGGAGCGGGAUUCAACUACAUGGCGUCUACGUGGAUUCACCUACCGAUUUCCUCGUCGAUACUAGGGGAAUCCCGAAAUCAAGCGACGACGGUAAAGUGACGUGUACGAUCACUAAUCCCUCGGGAGCUCAGACUGAAAAACUCGUGACGGCUCUACUGGAUGGUACCUACAAAGUGAGCUACACGCCCUUCGAAGAAGGUCGUCACACAAUCGACAUAUUUUACGACAACGUAGCGGUGCCAGGAUCACCGUUUAUAGUGAACGUGCGACGCGGAUGUGACGCUAAGAAAUGCAUAGCUUACGGUCCAGGUUUGGAAAACGGGGUUCUCAACAAAUCGAACGUGUUUACUGUUGAAACCAAAGGUGCGGGCACCGGAGGUUUGAGUUUAGCAAUCGAAGGACCCUCCGAAGCGAAGAUGACUUGUAAAGAUAAUAGAGACGGUUCUUGUUCCGUCGAAUACGUGCCUAAUGAACCUGGUGAAUACGAUGUCGCAAUCAAAUUCGCUGAUAAUCACAUUCCAGGAUCACCUUUCAAAGUGUUGGUCGGUGCCGAAGUGGAUGAGAGUUUAGUUAAAGCGUACGGUCCCGGUUUGGAGGCCUCCAAAUGCAGGAGCGGAAUACCUACAAAGUUUAAAAUAGAUGCGUCGAAAGCCGGACCAGCUCCGGUAGCGGUUAAUAUCACGUCCGAUUCUGCGCCCCUUUCGAGACGGCCGGAAGUGAAAGAUAACGCUGAUGGCACGUUCGAUGUGUCUUAUACACCUCCGAGUGAGGGUACUAACCUAGAAGCGCAUAUUCUUUACAACGGCAAAGAAAUACCAAAUAGUCCUUUUCCGGUCAAAGUGAGACCCACGGUUGAAGCGGAUAAGGUUAAAAUCACAGGACCUGCGAUAUUCGACAAAGGAAUUCCAGCUUCGAUUCCGACGACCAUCAAAAUUGAUACCUCAGACGCAGGGUUCGGAGAGUUGAAAGUUAAAGUGACAGGUCCAGAUGGUAAUCCUAGACCGGUAAAAAUUAAGGAAAAUGGAGACGGAACUGUAAACGCUACGUUCUUACCCGAUGACUGUGGACGUUAUAAGCUCGAUGUAAAAUAUGGCGGCAAAGAUGUUCCAAAAACUCCGAUACCGAUACAAGCUUACGCUAUAGGAAACGCUGAAAAAUGCACGAUCACGGAAGGUCUUGAGAAAACGAUAUCCAGCGGCGAAUCUUACUGCAUUACGUUGAAUACUGAAGAUGCGGGUAAUGGUGCAGUGACGUGUAGGAUUAAAUCCGUGAACGGAAGCGAGUUGGAUAUAAAUAUAGUAGACAAUGCGGACGGCACUGUCAGCAUAUACUAUACCGUCGAAGAUGCCGGAGAGUAUACCAUUAAUAUCAAAUUCGGUGGACUGACGGUGCCGGGAGGAUUCUACACUUUUAUGGCAGAAGAGGUAAGCAAGACAGAGAAAACCAGCAUCACUCAAACCGAAAGGAAAACAGCAAAUAGCACUCAACAGAAGCAAUAUCGAGCUGUAAACUUAGACAACAUCCCAUUGCCCAGCACAGGUGGACACGUGACAGCGGAAAUAAAAAUGCCCAGUGGAAAAUUCGACAGGCCAGUAAUAGAAGAUAAUCACGACGGUACCGUCUCGAUCAAAUAUGAACCACGCGAAGAAGGCGUUCACGAACUAGCAGUAAAAUUCAAUGGCGAACACGUGCAGGGCUCCCCGUAUAAAUUCCACGUGGAUUCCGUCAGUUCUGGAUACGUAACAGCUUAUGGACCGGGUCUCACCCAUGGAGUUACUGGCGAACCUAGCAACUUUACCAUUUCAACCAAAGGUGCCGGCGAUGGUGGCCUUUCUAUGGCGGUAGAAGGACCGAGCAAAGCUGAAAUUAGUUGUCACGACAACAAGGACGGGACCGUGUCAGUAUCUUAUUUACCUACCGCCCCUGGGGAGUAUAAAAUUUCCGUCAGAUUCGGAGAUAAACAUAUAAAAGGCUCACCGUUUUUCGCGAAAAUAACAGGCGAAGGAAGGAAAAGGAACCAAAUAUCUGUUGGUUCCUGCAGCGAAGUGUCGCUUCCUGGUAAGAUAUCGGACGCGGAUAUUCGAUCCCUUAACGCCUCUAUUCAGGCACCCAGCGGUUUAGAAGAACCGUGCUUCUUGAAAAGAUUGGCGAACGGCAAUAUCGGCAUAUCUUUCACUCCGCGAGAAAUAGGAGAACACGUGGUCUCCGUCAAGAAAAUGGGACACCACAUAACGAAUUCGCCAUUUAAAAUAAACGUGUGCGAACGCGAAGUCGGUGACGCUAAAAAAGUUAAGGUAUCGGGCAAUGCGCUUAAAGAAGGCAAGACCCACGUAGAAAACACGUUCGUUGUGGACACUAGAAACGCCGGGUUUGGAGGUCUUUCGCUAUCCAUCGAAGGUCCUAGCAAAGCUGAAAUCCAAUGCACCGACAAUGCGGAUGGUACCCUAAACAUCUCUUACAAACCAACCGAACCAGGAUACUACAUCGUGAACUUGAAAUUCGCGGAUCAUCACGUAGACGGGUCACCCUUUACUGUUAAGGUGACAGGUGAAGGCUCCAACAGACAACGCGAGAAGAUUCAACGGCAACGAGAUGCCGUACCCAUCACUGAGGUUGGAAGCAAAUGUAAAUUGACUUUCAAAAUGCCAGGGAUAACAUCAUUUGAUCUUGGUGCUACCGUCACGUCUCCAGGGGGUGUCACGGAAGACGCGGAAAUCAACGAAGUUAAAGACGGACUAUAUGCGGUCCAUUUCGUGCCCAAGGAAUUAGGGGUUCACACGGUAUCCGUUAGAUAUAAGGAUAUCCAUAUUCCUGGAUCACCGUUCCAAUUCACCGUCGGCCCCUACAGGGAUCACGGUGCUCACUUGGUAAAAGCCGGCGGGGCUGGUUUGGAAAGGGGCGAACAGGGUGAACUUAACGAAUUCAACGUAUGGACUAGAGAAGCAGGUAGCGGGCAACUGGCUAUUUCGGUAGAAGGCCCGAGCAAAGCGGAAAUCAAUUUCACCGAUCGCAAAGAUGGAUCCUGUGACGUCUCUUACCGCGUAUCUGAACCAGGCGAGUACAGGAUAGGGUUGAAGUUUAACGACGAACAUGUGCCCGAUUCACCGUUCAAGGUGUACAUUUCGCCAGCCGUUGGUGAUGCUCACCUCUUAGAGGUCGCCCAAUUUCCCGAAGGAUACAUUCAAGCUGACAAACCCUCACAAUUUAUUGUGCGCAGAAACGGUGCUAAAGGGGAUCUCGACGCCAAGAUCAUCGGUCCUUCUGGCCACGAAGAUGACUGCUUCGUGCAAAUUAUCGACAUGGAAGAAUAUUCGGUAAGAUUCAUGCCACGCGAAAAUGGCAUUCACAAAAUCCACGUCAAAUUCAACGGGGUCCACAUACCCGGAUCGCCGUUCAGCGUCAAAGUUGGAAAAGAUACCGCAGAUCCAGCAGCGGUUCACGCUCAAGGGAGUGGUUUAAAUAAAGAAAUUAAAACCGGUGUAAAGCAAGAUUUCAUUAUUGACACCGUCAAUGCGGGAGCGGGCACUCUAUCGGUAAAUAUAGAUGGCCCCAGCAAAGUUUCCAUGGACUGCACGGAAGUAGAAGAAGGAUAUAAAGUACGAUACACUCCGAUCGCUCCAGGAGACUACUACAUCAGUAUUAAAUAUAACAAUGUUCACAUUGUUGGUUCACCCUUUAAAGUAACUAGUCUAGGAGAUAAAAAUGUCGCGGAUGUGGGAGGACAAGAAUCGUCAUCGGUAGUGGUUGAAACUGUUGCCAAAGUUGGAAAAGCGGCAAAUCACAAAGGACUGGUAAUGCCCCACUUUAAAAGUGAUGCUUCCAAGAUUCAGUCUAAGGGGAUGGGAUUGAAGAAAGCGUAUUUAGGAAAACAGAAUCAGUUCACAGUUUCGGCCCAAGAUGCGGGUACCAACAUAUUGUUUGUUGGUGUCCAUGGACCUAAAGGACCAUGCGAUGAAGUUUUCAUAAAACAUAAGGGCCGUAAUUUAUAUGAUGUCAAUUACAUGGUCAGAGACAGAGGGGAAUAUUUCAUCAUCAUAAAAUGGGGCGAGGAUCAUAUUCCGGGAUCACCUUUUAAAGUUGAUGUUUAAAUAUUCUUUUUUUCCGUUUUCAUAUUAUUUAUCUAUGCUAGCAAAAUGUUGUUGAAUUAUCCGAAUUUUUUUUUUUAUUUUGUACAUAAAAAUUUGUGGUAGAUUUGUAUCAAUAAUAGCGUUUAGUUUAUUCUGGUAAACUAACAACAUUUUGCUUGUAAGAAAUACACAAAAAUAAAUUGAAAUUUAAACUAUUUUAAUUUUAAGAGCUUUCAGGAAUAAUCGUACAUUAAUUAUGAAUAUAAUUUUCAAUUAUACCUAUACAACUUAUUUUUUAAACGCAACUUCCAUAAUAUAUCAUACAGAUUUUGUAUUUUUUGUGUAAUUUUCAGUAAAUUAUAUCCUUA